AUGUUUGAGAGCCUUGUACGUUUUCUUGGAUUCGGAAGAAAAUGGCCCACUUUCACUCUUGACGAGGUCCGUGAACAUAAUGAUAGUUCUUCGCUCUGGAUAGUUGCGGGAAAUUCUGUUUAUGAUGUCACCUCUAUUAUGAAUUCACAUCCCGGAGGAGCCAAUGCGCUCCUACGUCGCGGUGGUGGUGUGAAAGAUUGUACUGAGGACUAUUACUACCAUAGCUGUGCUACGCGACGUACAUGGGAAUUGUAUAAGAUUGGUGAAUUGGCCCCUGGUGAGUCUAGAAGAUUGAAAAGUGGUGAGGUUUCCUGGACAACAACUUCAACAGAAGCAGAAGAAGAUGAGAAUGGGGAUAGGGAGGCAAAAAGAUCCGCGCGGGAUGUUUCACCUGUGAGCCAUGCCUGUGAGAUGGGAAAUUGCGAUGUCACUGGUGAUUGCUGCCUCACUAGUACUGUAGAAACCCACGGGAGUACUUCAGAGCCAGUUCCAGGACAUCGUUGUCUUGAGUGUCUUCACCGUCAGCCAAUGCGGCGAGCGGUUCCUCCGCUGCCUUUGUAG